AUGGAUAAAAAGGGGGCUGUUCUCAAUGUGGACGAUCCUUUCUACAUCCAGUUGCAAGAAAGCUUUGGCAACGUGAUAAAGCAAGUGGACGCUUACAGGGAUUUGAAGCGCCAGUUUUUGGAAUUGCGAUACGCUGUCCCUCUAAGCUUGUUUUGCCUCGAUUGCGAGAAUUUGAAUAAGGAUCUGCUUGCAAGAGCCUCCAAACUCUACAACAUUUUGAGUAAUUUCGAGUUGGAUGAAGCAAGGGAUGCACACAGAGGUAUAUGCCGUCGGUAUGACGAAAUAACCAACAAGUUGAGUGAGACGCCGGCCACGACGCAAGACCUCGUGGCGCUCCAGGAGUACUGCAAGGAAGUCAGCAACAAAACAGUCUUCAAGCUGAAAGAAGAAGUGACCGAGGCGGCAAUUCACCUUCGCUCCAUUCUUGACUUUGCGUUUAUGUCAGGUUUGUUUACGAGAUCUGUUGCAAUAUUUUUUUUAUCGUAUAUUUAA